AUGUGUCAAACUAUCAAACAUUCAGAUAGCAGUUCACGACAAUAUGCACGCAGUGGAUUUCUUAGGCUUAUUGUUUCGAAGAUAUGUUAUCAAUUGGUAGUCAUCUGCACCAACUUCUUGCAGAGGUUGUGUAGUUUCAGCACAAAAGAUAACUUUUGGCAACUGGUAGAAAAUGAGGUCGAAGGAAAGACAGAUAAAUCAUCAACCCAGGGAGCAGACUAUCGAGUCAAAGGCUUGAUGUGGUGUCUGGAGACUUGUCUCGUCUUACACAAGUCAUUGAAAGAGGCAAUUGAGGAUAUUCGAGAUUUUGUGUCUUUAUCUCAAAUCCAUUUGCCUCAGCGACCACCUGGCAAUGGCUCUGGUCGUCCUUUUCGUGCCUAUCAUUUGUCUACUGUGUUGUCAUCAUCAAGUUCACUAGCUGGUAAUAGCAUAACGAGUGAUAAAGAAAUCAUGGGACUCCAAGAUGUUGAUAAUAUUAUGGCUCACUUCAAUGCAUUUUCGGACCGUAUUUUUUAUGUGCAAGUCAUUAUCAACAUUCUGAAAGCAUUUUAUCAACUCAGCAAUUUACUUUUAGAUGCACCUGAUAUCUUGUCCAAGAUGGAUGAGCUAGAGAACCUCUUAGUGAGUGGAGUGGAAGAAGUGGUGGAGAUGGAAGAGACAAGACCACUAUCAGAACCUCCAAGAAGUCGAUCGACAAGAGUUCGUUCUGUUGAUGUGAUGAUGACAGUGGAAGAAGAGAAUGAAGAUGAACAGAUAGAUGAAUUAUCAAAUUCACCAAAUGAAUCAGGUCGGAUAUCAAGAUUUGUUGGACAUGAUGAUGAUAAUGUUGACAGUGACCAAGAUGAAGAAGACUUGGGGAUUAGAGAAGAAGAUGGCAGCAGUGAAGACGAUGAAGAGACAGGAGCAAAAUCUCAGUCUCCAGAUGGUGGUCUGGUGUCAGAAAGCACCAGUGAUUAUUCUAUAGAAGAACUAAUGAUGAAUGAUGACACCGAUCAAACAUCAGCAGAGGAAGCAUUGUGUCAGGCAUCUACUGCUGACAUUACUUCACCACAACCAAGGAAUAGCAUUUCCUUUGCUAUAUCUAGAGCUUUACAAUCAACAUUACAGCUUUUAGUCAGUAUGGCUCCUGAUGUGAACGUGGUGCUUGACAACAUAGGAAUACAUCACGACAAGUUUCCUGCUGCUUGUCAAGCAUUUUCUAGAAACAUUGAACAACUGCAGCAAAAUCUUAUUGCUUACAUCAAUACUAGUUUUGAGAAAAUGCUGAAUACGGAGAGAAUGCUUAAAUUUUUGUCCAGAUUUGACUGUGUGAGUCAUCAUGAAAGUAUUGGGCAGGUACUUGGUGAAAAGUAUUACAAGGCCUUUCAACAUUUUCGUACUGAUUUGGUGCAAAUUCAGGCUCUUUAUGAACAACAUAAGGAUGAUCCUUCUUUUAUGGAGCAUUUGCCCAAGGUAGCGAGUGCUAUUGCUUGGUCACGUCACUUGUUGAAACAAAUUGAAGGACCAAUUCAGAAAUUCAAGGAUGUCAAAGGCAUUACCCAACAUGUGGACUACGCAACAACAGUCAAACUAUACAACCGUGUGGCAUCUGCUUUGGUAACGUUUGAGAACUUGUGGUACAACCAGUGGCUCAACCGGGUAGGCAACGCACGUAGUGGUUUGAAAUCAUUGUUGCUAGGGUAUGAAGCUAGCAAUCUAAGAGUGAAAGUCAACACUGAGGACAGAGUGCACACUCUGAUUGCUGAAGCUAUCAAACUAAGGAGCAUGGGUCUCGUGAUACCCGAAGAGGCUACAUAUGUGCUUAUGAUUGAACCGCAGUUGAAGAGAAACCGGCAGCUUUUGGAGAACUUACUUGUACGGUAUAGAUCAGUAUUUACAGAUGUUCCUCCUGCUGUGUCUCCAUUGCUCUCAUUGCAUGCCAAGCUGCUGCUGCAACACAUCAGGCCUGGAUGGAUGACACUACCUUGGGAUAGUGUCAAUAUUGAUGCUUAUUUGCACAGAGCAUAUUCAGCUGUAGAGAAGAUGAGUGAAGUUGUUGCUAGUAUGAGAGACAUCGUACAGUCUCUAGGCAAUCUAAUCAAAUCUAUUGGAUUAACUCGCCUCUACAGUGUGGAAGUAGCAGUGUCAAGAGUUUGGGAUCUACAAUCGUUUUAUACAGCCAUGACAGAAAUCAUUAAGACUCAGUCAGAUAAUGUCACGGUAUCAGUUCAAAGGGUUGAAGAAAAUGUUCGGAAACUUAUUUUAUUGGCAGAGUCUAGUGCAGCUGAGCUGAACAGUACAGUUCCUCAUCUAGUGUCAACAUCAUCUAAAGAACCGAAACGACUGUUUGUCAAAGCUGGCAGUUUUCCGCCUUGCAAAAGUAGUAAAAGGAAGGGAGCUCUAAACUUAUCAACUAGACAAUCUGAGCCUCUCGCUUCAGUAAGGUUGCCACCAUUACCAUCAACAGUUGUGGAGAAAAAAGAGCUACCAAAGCCUUCGGUAUUGCCAUCUCCUGGACAGAAAUCAAAGCCUAUUGCCAAUGCUUCAAGUAGUGGUGCUGGAGUAAUAAGUUACCUUGAUGAAACUAAUACCACUGGCUUGCUGUCACACUAUUCUUCUCUCAUUUAUGAAGUGAUAAAGCAAUGCUCUUUGCAGUCGUUGACUUUAUUUUUGGAUUCAAUGGGUUUUAAAUUGUCAAGCAUCAAUUCAUGUGGUAGUUGCGUUCGCAUAUCUACCGGUCUGCUGUACAAAUAUCCAAGUAUCAUACUCGACCCUACACUUGAUGAAGUGCAAAAUGUUGUCAAUGGUGUUGUACAGAUAGUACUUGAUGUAUCUUGUUCUCUUGUUUGGUGGGGCCAACCACCACCUAAUAAGUCACCUGUCUUCUAUGCUGCUGUGGCAGAAGAUGAUCAGAUUGUUGAGGUUUGCCAGUCUUUGCAGACAUGUGCUUCUGGCAUUAGUGAGCAAGUUAAUUCUCAACUAACAGUAUUUAAGCAAUAUGACUUUCUCUGGUCGGCUGAAAUGCAACGAACACUCCAUUCCCUUGAGAACGAUACGUCUAACAUUAAGCUUGAUGAGAAGCCAAAGAACAGUGAAUCUAAAGUUCAGCAAUGUAUAAAACACGUCGAAAACUUUCUACGUGUGGAGAAGGAGAUUAUGUCAUUGGCUUCAGAGGUGUGUAUUGGGCCUCUGUGUCUACAAGUGGAUCAUUUGAAAACCAUAUCAGUUGCUUUAGCUGUUUCGUGGAAGUCAAAGUAUGCAAUGAUAGUGCACAAGGAAGGAAGGCUGAAAAUGAAAACUGCUGUAAGAGACUGUAAGGACAAGCGAAAAAAACUAAGCAGGAAGGUGGAGUCUUUGUCUGACUUGAAACAAGCUUUGGAAGAAUCUCAGCAAGUCCUGGAUAGUGAUUCUGCUAAUACUACAGAUUAUCAACCAAUAGAAGAUCUCUACAAUGAACUAAGAAAGUUUGGCAUCUUCUUGCCUCGUCGUGAAAUUGCGAAGGUAGCGAAUCUAAGUAUGGAAUGGCAGAAUCUUGUAUCACUAGCUCAUCAGGUGAAACGGAUGCUCCUAGUUGAACAAAGACGGCCAUUUGAGCGUGAACUAGACAAACAACAUAAGCAGUUUGUUGUUACUAUUAUUCGUUUUCGAAACAAAUUUGAUGCUGAAGGACCAGGUAUGCCUGGUAUCAUGCCAAGGGAUGCUAUUGAAAGGCUGCGGGAAUUUCGCAAUCAAUACAAAGAGUAUGUGGCAACAAGAACACUGCUUAAUGCAGUACAGAAAUUGUUCUUAAUUCGAGUGACUCCAUAUCCAGAGUUGGAUCAGCUGGGAGAGGAACUUGGAUAUCUUGAUGUGCUUUAUGGUUUGUAUAAGAGAGUGAUUGAUUUUGAUUCACAUUUUCGAGCAACUGUGUGGGCUGAGGCUGACAUGCAUCAGUCCUACAUAGUAGUAGCAUCACAGUGGAAUGAGUGUAUCCAGAUGCCGCAACAAGUUCAAAGCAGCGAUGCUUAUAAUGACAUGAAAAAGAAGAUACAGCAGUAUCAUUCUGUUCUUCCUGUUCUAUUUCGACUGGCUUCAAAAGAAAUUAGAAAUCGUCACUGGGUUCUUGUUAUGGAAGUGAUAGGACAGACAUUUCAAUUGGAGGCUAACACUUUUAGACUCCACCAUUUGCUUGACUCCAAAUUUGUCGAGUAA